AACCCAAUCCGCAGCCAAAGGCUAUCCAUUGGCCCAGCAAUCGAGCGCACACCAGAGAAGCAGCAGCGCGGAGAGUGAGCGGCCAUGGCAUCGGCCACCUUGAUCCCCGCCUCCCACCGUCUGCUCUUUUGCCCGUCGAUCGCCCGCUCCUGCGCUCGUCUCUCGCUUGCCCGUCUUUCCCCAGCUCCAGCUCCAGCUCGACGAGCCGCCGGAGAUGGCAUCAGUGGCGGCCGCUCCGUCGUGUGCGCCGCCGUGGAUGCGGCCGCCGCGGUGAUUGAAUCCAAGAAGAAGAAGAAGAGCAGCUUCGAGCUUCAGACCCUCACCACAUGGCUGCUGAAGCAGGAGCAUGCCGGCAUCAUCGACGCCGAGAUGACCAUCGUGCUCGCCAGCAUCUCAAUGGCCUGCAAGCAGAUCGCGUCUCUGGUGCAGCGCGCCUCCAUCUCCAACCUCACCGGGAUCCAGGGCGCCGUCAACGUCCAAGGCGAGGACCAGAAGAAGCUCGACGUCGUCUCCAACGAGGUGUUCUCAAAUUGCCUGAGGUCGAGCGGGCGAACGGGCAUCAUAGCGUCGGAAGAAGAGGACGUGCCGGUGGCCGUGGAGGAGAGCUACUCCGGAAACUACAUCGUCGUAUUUGACCCACUCGACGGCUCUUCCAACAUCGACGCCGCCGUUUCCACCGGCUCCAUCUUCGGUAUCUACAGCCCUAACGACGAGUGCUUCGCAGAGCACGGCGACGACGCCACCCUGGAUCAAGUGGAGCAGACGUGCGUGGUGAACGUGUGCCAGCCGGGGAGCAACCUGCUCGCCGCCGGCUACUGCAUGUACUCGAGCUCGGUCAUCUUCGUGGUCACCGUCGGGAAUGGCGUCUACGUCUUCACGCUCGACCCCAUGUACGGCGAGUUCGUGCUCACCCAGGAGCAGUUACAGAUCCCCAAAGCAGGGCAGAUCUACGCCUUCAACGAGGGGAACUACCUCCUGUGGGACGACAAGCUACGCGCCUAUAUGGACUCGCUCAAGGACCCCGGGCCCAGCGGCAAGCCCUACUCCGCCCGCUACAUCGGCAGCCUCGUCGGCGACUUCCACCGGACGCUGCUCUACGGCGGCAUCUACGGCUACCCCAGGGACAAGAAGAGCAAGAACGGAAAGCUCAGGCUGCUCUACGAGUGCGCGCCCAUGAGCUUCAUCGUCGAGCAAGCCGGCGGCAAAGGCUCCGACGGCCACCAGAGGAUCCUUGACAUCCAACCGACGGAGAUUCAUCAGCGCGUGCCUCUGUUCAUCGGUAGCGUGGAAGAAGUGGAGAAGCUCGAGAAGUACCUGGCAUGAGAAUGCUUGAACUGCUUAAAUCACCAUGAAAGUAUAGAUUUGUUUAAAGGACGAAUUACUUUGUGAUUGCAAGGUUCAUGUUUUGAAAAACAAGGAGAAUCUGUAGAUCAUAAACAAGGAGAACCUGUAUAUUUCCAUUCAGUUUUUUUUUAAACAUGAAUUUUACGAGUGAUAGAUCAUAUAAUCAUCUUCUUUAGAGUAA